AUGGGGAGGAAGUUAGUAGGUAGAGAUGGAUAUGAGUUGGUACAAGUCCAAGAUGAUGAGGAAGAGAGAAGGAGAACGAAAGAAACGCCUAGUGCAAUUUACGCUCAUAAGAGUAUUGAUGAAACGAUAGCAGCAUUCAUGACACAUCCCCAACAAGGUUUAUCAGCACUUGCAGUACCGAAUCUUCUUGCAAGAUACGGUCCGAAUGAAUUCGAACUUCCCCCUUCCGACCCUCUCUUCAUCAAAUUCGCUAAACAGGUAUACGAGAAUCCCCUCAUACUUAUGCUUUUGGGGAGCAGUAUCAUAAGUGCUUUCCUUGGGAGUUAUGAUGAUGCCGUCUGUGUCGUCUUGGCAGUGUUCAUCGUCCUUACUGUGGGUUAUGUGCAAGAGCAGAGGUCGGAAAAAUCACUAGAGGCGUUGAACAAACUAGUACCCCAUUACUGUCACUUGAUAAGAGGCGGGCAAACACAUUCACCUCUCGCCAACGCCCUCGUACCUGGCGACCUCGUCACUUUCUCCGUCGGCGACAGGAUUCCCGCCGACAUCCGACUCAUUUCCGCCGUCUCGCUCGAAAUUGACGAAUCGGCUCUCACAGGCGAGACCCGACCAGCCAGAAAGAGUAUCGAGAUCUGUGGGAGUGGAGAGGGGGAGGACACCCACGGUGAGGGAGGGGGAAAGGCUUUGGGAGAGAGACAUUGUAUCGCCUUCAUGGGUACUUUGGUUCGAAGCGGUAUAGGUUCGGGCAUCGUUGUCGGGACAGGUACCGACACUGAAUUUGGUGUUAUUUUCUCCAUGAUGCAAGACGUCGAGGAUAAGAAAACUCCACUCCAGAUGCUGAUGGAUGACCUGGCCAAACGACUUUCAAUAUUCUCAUUUGGAGUGAUUGGAGUCAUUGUGCUCGUUGGGAUCUGGCAAAAACGAGAUUGGCUUGAAAUGUUCACGAUUGGCGUUUCCCUGGCGGUAGCUGCUAUUCCAGAAGGAUUGCCCAUCGUGACCACCGUCACCCUUGCCCUUGGAGUGCUUCGUAUGUCCAAGCGCAAAGCCAUUAUCAAAAAGUUGCCCAGUGUCGAGGCUCUAGGCAGUGUUUCCGUUAUCUGUUCUGAUAAGACUGGGACUUUAACGAAGAAUGAAAUGACCGUAACGCAUAUUUACGCCGUGGAUGAUCUUGUUGAUCUCACACCACUACUCGAUAAUCGACGGGAUCAGUUCGCACCCACUCAUCCCGACCAACAUACUUUUUCUCCAUCUCAAGCUCUUGUCAAAGUCGCCCAAAUCGGUUCGAUAUGUAACAACGCUUUCAUGAAUGACAGUGGGGUGAACGUGGGACAAUCCACAGAGGCCGCUUUGUUAAAUGUCCUUCCGGUUCUUGGUCAGCAGGAUGAGCGUAGGAACUUUACACGCAAGAUGGAAAUCCCUUUCAGCUCGGAAAGCAAGUCAAUGACCGUCAUCGGAUCUACUGCCGGUGGAUCAGAGAUGAUAUAUCUCAAAGGUGCCAUGGAGGUUGUUCUCUCUCGAUGUCGAUAUUACUACGUUACCGACUCGUCCACACCCUCAUUAGAUGAUUCCACUCGACAGAUCAUCCUUAAUCGCGCUCACGAAGCCUCAAGUAGAGGACUACGAGUCAUUGCCAUGGCUUAUGGUUUCUCCCGUUCUAGCACCACAUCUGAACCCGAUGCCGACCUCAUCUUCACUGGGUUUCAAGCUAUGAUGGACCCUCCUCGUCGAGGAGUCGCUCAUGCUAUCUCUGCUCUACACUCAGCGGGAGUACAGGUAAUCAUGAUAACCGGUGAUUCAGAACCCACAGCACUCGCCAUCGCUCGACAAUUAGGUCUCAAAGUCAACUCUUCUUCCGAACUCAAUCCUCACAGUCCUGGUUCUUCAUGUAUGUUAGGUACACAAAUUGAACAACUCUCCGAAAGAGAACUCAUCGAACGUGUACCGUCCGUCACCGUCUACGCUCGAACCACUCCACGACACAAAAUGGCCAUUGUCAAAGCGUGGCAAAUGAGAGGAGCAGUAGUAGCCAUGACAGGAGAUGGCGUGAAUGAUUCUCCCGCUUUGAAAAUGGCCGACAUAGGUAUUUCCAUGGGAAAAUCAGGAACAGACGUCGCUAAAGAAGCCGCCGAUGUCAUUCUGGUUGAUGACGAUUUCUCUUCUAUCCUUCCUGCUGUCGAAGAGGGUAAAAGUAUAUUCUACAAUAUUCAAAACUUCCUUUCUUUUCAACUCUCCACUGCUGUAGCAGCUUUGACAUUGAUAACUUUAUCAACUUUCUUCAGACUUGCGAAUCCCUUGAACGCUAUGCAAAUUUUGUUUAUCAACAUCUUGAUGGAUGGUCCGCCUGCUCAGGCUUUAGGGGUGGAUCCAGUGGAUAAAGAGGUCAUGCGUAGACCUCCGAGAAAAAAGGGGACACCUGUUUUGAGUGGGAGGUUAAUGGGAAGGGUGGCUUUUAGUGCGACUAUGAUCGUCUGUGGGACUCUGUUCAUUUAUGCUCAUGAGAUGAGCGAUGGGAGUAUGUCAAGGAGGGAUCAGACCAUGACGUUCACUUGUUUUGUCCUCCUCGACCUCGUCUCAGCUUUACAAAAUCGAGGCCUCACUUGUCCCAUGUUUCGAAACCGCAUGCUUUUCAUAACCGUCUCCAUCUCCUUCCUCUGUCAACUCGCCUUGAUCUACGUUCCGCUUUUACAACACAUCUUUCAGACCGAAGCUCUCAGUAUGAGAGAUUUGCUCAUGCUCCUCGGUCUAGCAGCUACAAGUAUGGGUUUACAUGAAGGGAGAAGAUGGUGGGAGAGGAAGAGAGGAGAGAGAGAAAUAUUCGAGCAAAUGGUAGGAGGAAUGGCAUGAAUUGCAUUGCAUGG